AUGAGAUUCUCGUUUAUCGCAACAUUGUGUGCAGCACCAUUGGUAUUGGCCAGUAAUCUUCAACAUGACUUGGCUGGGCGGGGAAUAAUUACACCGGAAUUCGCUGAGAGAUCAUCAGAGCUCGUUGUCAAUAGGAAGGAGAUCACAAUUGUACAAGCGAAGAGUGAGGAGAUCAUUAUUAUCUGGACCAACGAUGGCAAUGGAGCUGCAACUAAAACAGUCACGGAGACGAAGACUGUCGCUCAAGUAGCUGGUGCCACAGCGGCAGCAGCAGCACAGGCAACCCAUACCGUUGUAGUGGGAGGUGCCGCUGGAAAGGUUUAUACACCUGAGACGGUCAACGCUGCUAUAGGGGAUAUGAUCGUGUUCAAUUUCGAAAUGGCAAAUCACACCCUCACACAAUCAGCUUUUACAACGCCUUGUGAGAAGUUGGCUACCGGUGGCAUGGAUAGUGGCUUCGUACCCAAUUCCACCCCAGCAAUGGCUAUGCAAGUCAUGGUUGAUACUCCUCAAUGGUUUUACUGUCGUCAAGCUGGCCACUGCGGUUCAGGAAUGGUAUUCAGUAUCAAUCCCACUGCCGACAAAACUCAAGCACAGUUCAAAGCAAUGGCUGUUGCACAAAAUGGUACUGGAACUCAGAGUGCCAUUCAAGGAGGAUCCUCUGCUGGCGGAGCCAGUAGUGGAACAUCUUCAAGUGCUGUUGCUUCAGCUGCCGCUGCAAUUUCUACCGCGACGGUUGCUUCAGGGACUGGAACAGUUGGUACUGAUGGAACAUGCUCAUGUAGUUGUCUUUGUGGACAAGCUGCAUUCCCAAAUGCUGCUGUACAGGGAGUUGGAAUGUUUGGUGGGGUUUCUGGUGCUAUGUCCAUGUCUUUACUAGAAAAAUAA